GAUCAGACUUCAUAUCGUCAGUCAUUAGAAGCACUGGUAGUUAGUUCUAUCAACUUUUUUGACAAACAGUAUGAAAUUACAACUGUCAAACCUGCCAAACUAUUUUAUGGAACAUGGGAGAUAAAGAGCAUCAUGUUCACUUUAGUGGUGGAAGUGGAUUUGGAAAAGAUAAUAAUAUUAUGAUACAGCCACAGCGACAUGGUCAUAUAGAUGCUCAUUUAGGGUUCUUACAAUUGUAUCACAGAUAUCAUGUAGAAUUUUCAGUACCAUGGAACACAUGUAUUCAUCCAGACGAAAAGACAGUAGCUCCGGCAGUAAUUGCAGGAAGUCACAAUGCAAAUUGUCAUAUUGUCGAUUUUGCACAAGAAAAAGAUGGCUUAAGGUUAAAAGUUGAGCUGUUGGCAUAUAAAGAGAAAAUAUUAAAAGAAAAUGUUGAAGUGAUGUGUUGUCCAUCAGGUACUCCAUUAAAAAUUGUACUGAAUGCACGUGUAUUAGCUAAAGACAAGGGUACACCAUUAUUGAGAAAUGGCAUACGCAGUAUUGCUGUAGAAGGAACCAACGAAGAUGAGAUGUCUGAAUAAUGUUGCUUAUUAUCGAGCUGUCUUUCGCUGAUAAAUAUUUAAGCAUUUAAGUGCUGAAUACUAGUUCAAAUGAAUGAACAAUUCAGCAUAGCCAAAAGAUCUUGUAAUCAGACUACAGCGAACGUUGCAAUUGUAAAUGGCUAAGCUCCACGAGAGAAGAUAAUUUGCCUACUGUUCUUAAAAAUAUAUCAAGCGCAAAAUGUCUGCAAAAGCAAUGUCACUUAUUCUCUAUCACUUAUUAUGUACGCAUUAUAUAUUAAACAAAUUCUAUUUUGUUAUCAUUUUAUAUCAAUCGAUAUCGAUGUUAAUUUCCAACGAAAUUUCUGUUAAAUAAACAUCAGUGGCACUAAAUUACUUUUCAGUUAUGAUCAUGAAGAUCAAUUUGAAAAAACUGAGACGUAAAGUCCUCUCCUGUAUUAUCGUCAACCAUCUUUGGCAUUCUCAUUAAAAUUGCAUCAAUUUACCUUAUGUGUACAGAAUGUUCAAGUAUCAUUACCU